AUGGAACUAAUAGAAACAACUAGAAACAAACCUUCUGUAAUUGACGGUUCCGGGUUUCAAUAUCGCCAAAUUCGAAAACACACAAAUGGAGUCAUAAGCUGGAUGUGUGUAAACGAAAGAAAAAAUAAGUGCAAAGGAACGUUAAAGUCACGAGGCAAGACUGUGCUUUCCAUCACCGAUCACGCGUGUACUCCCAACGCGAAAAAGACUGAAGUCGCAAAAUUCUUAUGUGCAGCUCGGAAGAGAUUGCGUGAAGAGGAUACUCCAGUUCAUUCUAUUUACAACGACAUUAUGCGACCUUUGGUGGGCGCUGGGCAUGAGUCUUUCGCAGAAAUUCCCACGUUUGCCAGAGUCAGAUCUUCGUUUUAUUGUAUCCGAAAACAAUAUAGAUGGUCUCUUCAUGAUCCAAAACCCUUAGAACUUGAGAUACCGGCUGACCUAGUCGCUUUGAGGGACGGGACUUCAUUCAUUGUUCUGGACGCAACUGUCGAUAAGACAAGCAGAGUUAUAAUUUUCGCUUCUUUACCAGGUAAAAGUGCGUUGAAGAAGUAUUCCGAAUUUUUUGUGGGUGGAACUGCUAAGACCUACAGUAAACAAUUCACACAAUUGUACACGUUUCACAUCGAUGUAAGCUCUAGUUGUCACGAGCGCAAUGCUUUUCCUAUCGUUUUUGCUCUUAUGUCCGAUAAAAAGCAACAUACGUACCAUCGGCUUUUUGAGGGAAUGAAAAAUAUUGGAUGGAAUCCACAGUCCGUACACCUCGACUUCGAGACAGCCGCAGCAGAAAGUGACCAUCAACUUUUAUUUUUAAGUUUUAGACUUUUAGAAAUAAAUUCAGAAGGGAAUAAAAUAGACAAACAAUGUAUAAAAUUGGACGAGAGAAUCAACCGUAUUCUUCAAAACUUUUUAGAAAAUAAUGACUUAGACAAUUGCCUCACAAAAUUGGCCAUGAACGUCAAACUAUAUUGA